AUGCCUCCCCGCGCCCAUUCGAAGACCUCCCGUGUCCCUCGCAGACCCUUCGAGUCUGCUCGACUGGACUCUGAGUUGAAGCUCGUCGGCGAGUAUGGCCUGCGCAACAAGCGUGAGGUCUGGCGAGUCGGUUUGACUCUGUCCAAGAUCCGUCGUGCUGCCCGUCAGCUUCUUACCCUCGACGAGAAGGACCCCAAGCGUCUCUUCGAAGGCAAUGCCCUCAUUCGCCGUCUCGUCCGCGUCGGUGUCCUUGACGAGUCCCGCAUGAAGCUGGAUUACGUCCUGGCCCUCAAGAUCGAGGAUUUCUUGGAGCGCCGCCUCCAGACCUGCGUCUGGAAGCUUGGUCUGGCCAAGUCCAUCCACCACGCCCGUGUCCUGAUCCGCCAGCGCCACAUCCGAGUCGGCAAGCAGAUCGUCAACGUCCCCUCGUUCAUCGUCCGUCUCGACUCCCAGAAGCACAUUGACUUCGCUCUCACCUCGCCCUUCGGUGGUGGCCGCCCCGGCCGUGUCCGCAGAAAGAAGGCCAAGUCCGCCGAGGGCGGUGAGGGUGACGAGGAGGAGGAGGAUGACGAGUAA